AUGCGCGCCAAACGCUCCAAAAAGUACCGCAAGAUUAUGUCCACGUACGGACAAGCGUUCUCUUUCCGCGAACCCUACCAGGUGCUUCUUGACAGCAACUUCUUGCGGACUUGCCAUGCCUUUCAUAUGCCCUUGCAGAAAUACCUCGAGAACACCCUGCACGGUCAAUGCCGACCAUACAUCACGCAAUGUACCCUUGCCAAGAUCGCCAACGACUUCGAGAAGCACAAGGAGAGAACUGGAGACAAGAGGAAAGGUGGAAGAGCUGACUUCCUGCCACCACCAACAGAAGUACCACUGAGGUACUGCAAGCAUCGCAAUGCGGAAGGACAGGAGGUUGGAGUGAUAGAAGAGGGGAAGUGUUUAUUAGACUUGCUGAGUGGGCAGGUCAAGGGCAACGAAGUGGCGAGAAACAAGCAGCAUUACAUUCUCGCAAGCGCCGAUGCACCCGAAAACGAAAUGAACAGGAAAGGCCAUGUGGAAUUGAGGGAGAGGGCGCGACUAAUCCCGGGCGUGCCAAUCAUAUACGUCAAGCGGAGCGUCAUGAUCCUGGAGGAACUGAGUGCGAGUAGCGAGGCGACGAGGAGAGGCGAUGAGAGAGCCAAAUUCAAGGAGGGUCUAGUUUUGCCAAAUGCAAGAAAGAGAAAGCGUGGUGAGACCGAGGACGAUGAGGUUGAGGAUGAGGUAUUGAAGCAGCUGCUGAAGGAGGAAGAGGAAGAAGUGCAGAGGCCUACGGCAAGAGGUCUUGGGAGAGCGAAGGGUCCUAAUCCAUUGAGUGUGCGGAAGAAAAAGGUACGGGUUUCUGGGACACAAGCGGAUGAUCAAGGUACGAGGGAAGGAAAAAAGAAGAGUUCGAGGAGAACACGAGGUAAGAAGAAGAAGGGGCCGGAAGGCGAUACGCAAGUCCAUGCGGAAACGUCCGAAUGA